AUGUCAUUCGAGUACACCGAAGCAGAGAAUCCCAUUUACCAGGCCACGUAUUUGGGAUUUCACCAGCAGAAUUGUAUACUGGUCAAACCAAAGGAUUGCAGUAAGGUUCCCAUCACGCUUUCCUACUGGGAACCCGAACCAUCCUACUUGAAUUGGAGGUAUCAAAGAAUGGGUGAACAAAUUAAAGAGCUGGAAGUCAAACCGGAUGACAUUUGGCUGAUGUCGUAUCCGAAGAGUGGUACCACUUGGUGCCAGGAGAUGAUUUGGCUUGUAUGCAAUGAUCUCGAUUACGAGAAAGGCAAAUCGGUCAAUCUGGGCGAUCGGUGGGCUUACUUGGAAUACGGAAGCAGAACGGACGUGGCGGAUCCCUUUCAUAAAAUCCUGUCGGCACCCUCUCCGAGGUUCAUCAAAAGCCAUCUUCCGGUUGCCCUGCUGCCAGAUCAAAUUUGGACCGUAAGGCCAAAAAUGGUCUACGUAAGGAGAAAUCCGAAAUCCGUCGCUGUAUCGUACUUUCAUCAUACGGUUUCAAUGCAGGGCUACUCGGGAACGAUGGACCAAUUUGUGCAUGCGUUCAUGAAGGAUCAGGUCCUAAACUCCCCGUACCAUGAACACGUCAUUGAGUUUCAUCAUUUGGAUUAUCCGGACAACCUACUGCUUCUUUGCUUUGAGGAUAUGAAGAAGGAUCUAAAGAGCACCCUGAAACGGGUAUGCGCUUUCUUCAACCAAUCGUUCUCAGACGAGCAGCUGGACAAAUUGGCACAGCAUCUUUCGUUUGACUCAAUGAAAGACAACAAGGAGGUCAAUUAUAGCGGAUUCACCGAGCGGGUGCUGCAAGCGUCGAAACGUGAUGCUAAGCUGACGGAUCCAAAUUACAAGUUUAUGCGGCGAGGAGAAGCGGAGGGAUGGAAGAAGGAGCUCGAUCAGGAGUUGGUGCAAGAACUAGACGAGUGGACCAAACGGAAGUUGGUGGAUCCAGAGAAUCGGAAGCUUUUUCCUUGCAGCACCUACUAG